AGUCUUAGUAGGAGGAGUUGCAGACCUCUUUCUAUGCCUUCUGGAAGACUUCUUCUUCUUCUUCUUCUUUCCCAUCCCAUUCCAUAUUUAAGUGUCCCGAAGGGUGUCUCUCCUAAGCACAAACAUCGCACACAGAAAUCAAAGGGAACAUAGGAAAUGACGGUGCAGAAUCUGAUGAGAUGGAGGGCGAUCAUGCCGAGCUGCUGCAUGGUGGAGAACCGCUCUGCCAAGCGGAAGAAGUCGGCGCCCGUGUCCAAGCAGACGUCUUUCCAGAGGCUGUCGAUGUCGGAUUUGAGUAGCACGUCGACGACGCUGUCGGAGGAGCUGUCCAACUCCCUGGUCGGAUCGAACCUUUAUUCGUUUACCAUGGCGGAGCUGCGGGUCAUAACCCAGAACUUCUCGUCGAGUAAUUUUAUCGGUGAAGGCGGGUUCGGGCCGGUCCACAAGGGGUUCAUUGAUGACAAGCUCCGACACGGUCUCAAGGCUCAGCCCGUCGCCGUCAAGCUCUUGGACUUGGGCGGCUCUCAGGGCCACCGGGAAUGGCUGACAGAGGUGAUAUUUCUUGGGCAACUGAGGCAUCAGCAUCUGGUGAAGCUAAUUGGAUAUUGUUGUGAGGAUGAACACAGACUUCUGGUCUAUGAAUACAUGCCUCGAGGGAGCUUGGAAAAUCAACUCUUUAGAAGAUUUACAGCGUCGCUUCCAUGGUCAACAAGGAUCAAAAUAGCUCUGGGAGCUGCCCAAGGCCUGGCCUUCCUUCACGAGGCCGAAAAGCCCGUUAUAUUCAGAGAUUUUAAAGCUUCAAACAUCCUGCUGGACUCGGAUUACACUGCCAAAUUGUCGGAUUUCGGGUUGGCUACGGACGGCCCGGAGGGCGACGACACUCAUGUUUCUACCCGAAUCAUGGGCACCCAAGGCUACGCUGCUCCUGAAUACAUCAUGACUGGUCACUUGACAGCUGCGAGCGACGUAUACAGCUUUGGAGUGGUGCUGUUGGAGCUUCUAACCGGCCGGCGGUCGGUGGACAAAAGCCGGCCGCACAGAGAGCAAAACCUGGCGGAGUGGGCGCGGUCUCAGCUGAAGGAUCCAAGGAAGCUCGCCAGAAUAAUGGACCCGAGACUGGAAGGCCAGUACUCUGAGACCGGGGCGCAGAUGGCGGCAGCGCUGGCCUACCAGUGCCUUAGCCACCGCCCGAAGUUCCGACCGACGAUGAGCUCCGUCAUCGAGACGUUGGAGCCUCUCAAGGACCUCGAGGACUUCCCUUUCGGACCGUUUGUUUACACGGUCGUCACGCCGCCUCUUCAUGAAGGGCAGAAGGGGUCUAAGAAAGAGGGCUCGCACCAGAAACCGGCAGGCGGCAGCCUUCACGACGUCCACCGGCACCGGGAGAGAUCGCCGAAAUCGAAGGCUGUUUAUUCGGAAACGGCUUUACAGCAGAGACACAAGAGAGCAUAGACUAAUAUUACUAUAGAAAGAAAGAAAGAAAAGUACUGUAUUAAAGUGUAUAUAGAGAUUUACAAAGUUUCAUUCUUUUC